AUGCAGCGACACUCGAGCAUAACGGGUGCAUCCGUACCGACGUCGUCCGUUUCCACACCGACACCAACGCCUCCGCCACCGCUUGCGCCAUCCGGAUCCGGUAGAUCCACCGGAAACGCGUGUAAAGCUGCGGCCACCGUACUAUCGUUCGACUGCCAGCACGGCUCGUAUCCUCGUGGUGAUAAUUAUGCUGAGGACGAUUCGUUCAGCGAAGACAUGAUACCUCCGCCACCGCCACCUUUGAAUCGACGUCCUUCCUACGGAUACGGCUGCGUCGUGCAACCUGUUGCAUCCGGCCCGGAACCGAUGCACGAUCUAAGCUCCCAACCGCCCACAGUAAACCUCGGUUGCGGCCACGAGCUGGACGCUAGUAUGAUUGGAACCGGAGGGCCCAGCUACACCGGAUCCAUGAAUCAGCCGGAUCUGUUCAACUUUGCCGCGAACACAAACGGUCCUGCGAGCUCCAGCACGUUAAAGUCCACGCUGAAAGCUUCCAAGCCGUCGACAAACGGUAAAACAACUUCCGGCUCUUCGACCACAGGGACGGACGGCAAGACGAAGCUGAAUGCUCUCGAGCCGCUCCCAGUCAUGAUGGUGGACCUGAUGAAUGGAAACGCCACCGCACAACUUCCGAGUGCCAACGGAAACGAUCCGGUCGGAACGAAACCAUAUCCGCCUUACUACUUCGACGAUAAUUAUCUGCACCACCAAUACUACUACGGAAAUGACCGAGAGGACCGACUGGGUGAGCCUGGCUCCGAACUCCCGCUAAAAGAGGCAAUGGAUGCUGGCCAGCUGUAUCUGUAUCACCAGCACCACCAUCAACACGCACCUCAUCCGGAUCCGGUCACCGGAGGGUACAUUCCCAACUACGACGCACUUAACCUGCCCGCGAAGUACAACACGAUCGGAGCAAACGGGGAUUUGCCAUUCUCGGGACACUUCUCCGGAGUUGCCGGCAUUGGCCACCACGCGAGCUCCUGCAACAUCAACCAGUAUGCUGGUUCGGCAAAGAGCAACCUCAUCGCCUCACAUGACCAUCACUUUUCCAACUCGAUCAGCAACUUCAACUUCAAUCCCUCGCAGUAUUUCGGUUCGGGGUUGGAUGCACCACCCGGGACUACCAUCAUUCCGGGCAGUUUGGGUGGCGUGAUGGGAGCAGGAGAUGGUUUUCCUUCGUCCUGCAGCCUCAACGGAACGCCCAACAAGCAACAGCCGCAUCCGUGGAAACAUCGGCAGUGCCCAAGCCGUGGCUCAAGCAGCACCGGUUCCGGAUCAUCGAAGUGGGACCUCCCUUCGAGACAGUGGCUCGCCGUGACCUCCAUACUGCUGAUAGCCGGUGCAGCUGGAGUGGCCGUACCGCUCGCUCUAAAAGUCUCCACAGGAGCACCGCUAGAGGAACGGAUGCAGGUCGCAACGCAGCUGCUGGAUACAGUGCCUUUAAUCGAUGGCCACAACGAUCUGCCAUGGAACAUACGGAAAUUCCUGCACAAUCAGCUAAACGACUUCCGGUUUGAUGAUGAUCUCAAGACGAUAAUGCCCUGGUCAAAGAGCGCCUGGAGCCAUACGGAUCUACAGCGGCUCAAACGGGGUCGAAUAGCAUCCCAGUUUUGGGCAGCAUACGUUCCGUGCGAGGCGCAGCACAAGGACGCGGUCCAGAUCACCUUGGAACAGAUAGAUGUAAUUAAAAGACUGACAGAACGGUUUUCCCCUCAUCUGACGUCCUGCGCAUCGGUGUUCGACAUCGUACAGGCACACAAAAACCGUCAAAUGUGUUCAUUAAUCGGCGUCGAGGGUGGCCACUCGCUCGGCGGAUCGCUCGGUGUCCUGCGUAUCUACUAUGCCCUCGGGGUCCGCUACAUGACACUUACAUCCACCUGCCAUACACCGUGGGCUGACUCGAGCAACGCGGAUGCACCGAAGUAUGAUGUCCGGCAUGGUGGGCUUACAGCCUACGGCAAGACGAUCGUUCGCGAAAUGAACCGGCUCGGCAUGAUAGUGGACCUAUCGAAGUCGUCCGUCGGCACGAUGAAGGAUGUCCUGGCGACCUCGCAGGCCCCGGUCAUCUUUUCCCAUUCGUCAGCCCACUCGCUGUGCAAUUCGAGCCGUAACGUGCAGGACGAGGUCCUGGAGCUGGUGACGAAAAAUCGCGGUCUCGUGAUGGUGAGCUUUUACAACAUGUAUCUGCGGUGCAGCGAUAACGCAUCCGUGCACGAUGCAGUGGCGCAUAUUAAUCACAUCAGAAGAAUCGCCGGCAUCGAUCACGUGGGGCUCGGUGCGGGCUACGAUGGAAUUAAUCACACACCGCACGAUCUCGAGGAUGUGUCGAGCUACCCGCGUCUGUUUGCCGAGCUGCUCGGCGAUGGCUGGACGGUGGAGGAGCUGGAAAAGCUGGCCGGCCGCAACCUGCUGCGAGUGUUCGAGGAGGUGGAAAAGGUGCGCGAAAAUCAGCGCCUUUCAGGCGUCCGACCCUACGAGGACAUCCCGCCCGUGCUGCGACCCGACGAGCACGCGAACUGUUCCACGAACAGUUAA